AUGGCGAUAAACUGUGUGAUAAGCUCACAAUUGCUCUCCAUUCCUGUGGAUAGAUUCACUCAGAUUAAUUUAAAGUUGCUAGCAGAACCCAGAAAUGAACGCAUACUGGAAAGUUUCACUUUGGUCCAAAAACCAAAAUCAACUCCCUCAUGUGCAUCAAACGUGUCUGCGUCAGAUGACACCAAUGACAAUAAUGCUGAAAAUGCUCCGAAACCAAAAUACAGGCCAAUAUUUGCAAGCAAAAAGGAAAUCCCAGCUCCAGGAAUAGUGAGAAAUGAAUUUGUGUCAGGCCCGUCCAAUCGUGGUAAUCUGAUGAAAGAAGAGUCCACCAAGUUCACGCCUAUAUUCCUUCCUCGUAAGACAUUGGUGAAAGCUACUCCGACUUCCAUUGUUCCACAAAUCAGCAGCUCAUCUGUACCCUGUCACCAGCAGGUCUCCAUUCCUAAACAGGAAACAUUUGUGCAGCCUCCGAGCCAGAUGAGACUUGUGCCAAACUUCCGAUCACAGGUUCGAGCACCGGCUUCAUUGUCCAAUCAUCAUAAAUUCACACCAUUAUUUCUUCCAAGAGCUACGACCUGCACUAUUAAGCCAGCUGUCAAGUCGCCUCAACUGAUGGUGCCUCAGAUCAGCAGCUGCCGGCCCACCAACAAAUAUCCACUCUUCCUUCCUCAGCCGGUAAAUCACUCAGCAGUUUCGAGUAGUUCAGACCUACACCGACCCCCUUGCCUUCCCCCCCACCCGUACGCUCAUCACUUCUCAGUCAACAGAACUGAUUCAAAUGAAGGCUGUCGAAGCGAAUAAUAGAAAGCGAAGUCGUCCGCAAGUACAAGCGCACAUUGACGUGUCAAUGAUGGCGCAAACUCCAGAAGGCCUCAGUCGAGUGAACACAGCUACACUCAUUGCCUAUCUAAGAAGUCAGGGCGUCAAUUGCAGAGUCAAGGACAAGAAAGGAGAACUAGUCGCCAAAGUUAUGGCUCAUUUGAACAAAAAUAAGGAGAAUGAGUCGUAAUCAACUUACUCAUUUUCUAGCUCUCUAAUCAAUUCAAUGUUUCUGUAAUUAUCAUAGUAAAGUUAAGUUACCAUUGAAAAUAAUCUUCAAUAUUCAUUCAUCUAGACUUUUCAAGUGCAAUGUUGUAACUCUUCGUUAUGUCAAUUUCAGGAUAAAAUAGUUUAAUAUCAAUUUAACGAUUCUGAAAUUAUAGUCAAGUUAUUGAAAAUAUUACUGAAUAUUUAUUCUUUGAGAGAUCUAGACGUUCCAAUUAAAAAGUGUCAAUCACAGGAUAAAUUUCAUUUCAGUGUUUUUUGUAAUAUUUUCCAUGAAUUUAACUGAAUAUUUAAUAGAAUAAUCAAAUAAGUUACCGAAUUACGAACUAUCAAAUACUUCAACAUUCAUUAAUGUUUUGUUAGUCGUAAUAAACCAUUCAUUUGAUAUCAAGUUCACUAAGUAUUUUAAAAUAA